AUGGAAAUUGCGGCAAGAGUGGUUUCAAGUGUCGUGAAUCGCGCUUCCACGUCUCAAAAUGCUCCGAAAUCCAGUGUUGGAAUGGUGGUUGAUGUCAGCGAUUCGGCAUUUAUUGGCGGUUUUAUUCCAUGUAAGUUUCUAAGUGAUUUUUAGUGGAAAAUUUAAUGUUUAGCUAUCAUCGACAAGCAAAAAUACCCCUACAGCCGUCCGGAAUUCCUAUUUUUCACCGAAGACGACAUAAAUCUCUCCAGCGAUCACACAAUUCGCCCCAUAAUCACACCAAAACACCCCGAGAAAAUGCCACUUUUCGCUGGCUAUGCAGAAGUCAUCAAUGCCGGUAUAAUUUUCCAAUAUUGCUCAUGUUAACCGAAAAAAAAACUUUAAAUUUUUCCAGGGAAGAGCAAAUUAAACGAGGAUCAGGCUUCCGCAAGAAUGCUGAAUCUAGUGCAAGGGGCGAGAGACGCAGAGAAGACUGAGAGAAGCAGAGAAGUUAGAGAGGAUGACGAUUUAUUGACUCCCGGGACUGAUAGUGUAAGAGACUAGAAAACCAAUGGUGGCCUAGAAAACCAAAUUUUUUGCUUUGACAGCCCGGAAAGAGGUUUUCCUGCUCAAAAUGAUCGUUUGGAGCUGAAAAUCAGGAUUUUUGAGCUUUAAACCCUCAAAAAUUUGUUGCUCUAACAUAAAAUUCAUGUUUUUCAUCUUUUUUGGGCUCAAAAUUACCGUUUUUGUGAUUUUUCAUGAAAUCUGAGCUGAAAUUGACAUUUUAAGGCUGAAAAUCAUGAAAUUUUGUGAUUUUUCAUGAAAUUUGAGGUUUUCCUGCUUGAAAUGAUCGUUUGGGAAAAAACUCCUGGCCUAAAAAUCCACCUGCAAAACCUAGUCCAUCAAAAAUUCUUCCAGGAUUCAUCGCAACUCUGCGUCUCUCGCAUCGAAGCCGCUCUUUUCAGCCUCUACGAUGGUCAUGCUGGACCAUCGGCAGCUGUCGUCGCCGCAAAAUGCUAUCACGAACAUCUGAAGUCGCGACUCGCCAAAGUCAUAGACGCCGUGAUAACAUUGGACAAGCAAGAGACGCAGACAUUUUCCGCGCGUCGCAGCGAAUCCAGCUAUAGUUUCAAGGCGGAAGCGGAAGCGGAAGGAGUCCGCAGCGAGCAACUCGUUUGCGGCGCGUUGGAGACUAGUUUUAUUGAUAUGGACGAGCAAAUCGGAGAUGACAAACAAGUUUGGCGACUUCCUGGAGGCUGCGCGGCGAUUUCCGUGCUAGUGCUACUCGGCAAACUCUACGUUGCGAAUGCGGGAGAUUGUCGCGCGGUACUCACAACAUCUUCCCGCGGCUCGCGAGCCUUGUCGCGCGAUCAGAACCCGGGCUCCGAGAGGAAACGACUGCAAGAGCUGGCUUAUCAGUGCCCAGAACUGUUGGGCAACGCAUUCUCGCGUCUCGAAUAUUCGCGACGUUUAACUCGCCGCGAUUUGAAUUCGCAAGUUUUAUAUCGCGAUUGGUUUAUGGAUGGUUGGGCGACGAAAACGGUGAAGGAAUCUGACUUGAAGCCACCGUUGAUCUCAGAGAAUUCGAGGAAACGAAGGUUGUUGAACACAAUCGGAGUCUCUAGAGGAUUCGGAGACCAUCAUUUGCUAACUGUUGACGAUCGAUUGAGUAUUAAGCCGUUUUUGUCAGCGGUUCCCGAGAUAACUGUGACCGAUUUGAGGGAUUUGGAUGUGUUGACUGAUAAAGAUGUUGUGAUUGUGGCGUCGGAUGGAUUGUGGGAUGUGAUUUCGAAUGAGGAUGCGGGCCUGAUUGUUAGAAGUGUGCUAGGUGAGUAUAAAGCUAUGACACGUGGAAAAAAUCAAUGUUUUCCAGGCUUAGUAAUUCCCCCCUAAAGACUAAGCCUAAGGUGGUUCAGGGGGAUUUACUAGGCCUAAGCCUAAGGUGGUUCAGGGGAUUUACUAAGGGCCUAAACGACCUUAGGCUUGGGCUUACCGAAUUCCCCUUAGGCUUAGGCUUAGUGAAUCCCCCUUAGGCUUAGGCUUAGUGAAUCCCUCUGAACCCCCUUAGGCUUAGGCUUACUGAAUCCCCCUUAGGCUUAGGCUUAGUGAAUCCCUCUGAACCCCCUUAGGCUUAGGCUUACAACCCCCUUAAGCUUAGGCUUAGUAAAUCCCCCUGAAGUACCUUAGGGUUAGGCUUACUCAAUCCCCCUUAGGCUUAGUCUUACAACCCCCUUAGACUUAGGCUUAGUGAACCCCCCCCCCUGGACCACCUUAGGCUUAGGCUUAGUGAAUCCCCCUGAACCACCUUAGGGUUAGGCUUACUGAAUCCCCAUUAGACUUAGGCUUAGUGAACCCCCCCCCUGAACCACCUUAGGCUUAGGCUUAGUGAAUCCUCCUUAGGCUUAGGCUUACCGAAUCCCCCCUUAGGCUCAGGCCUACUGAAUCCCCCUGAACCACCUUAGGCUUAGGCCUACUGAAUCCCCCUUAGGCUUAGGCUUACUAAAUCCCCCUUAGGCUUACGUUAGUAAAAAACAAUUUUCAGGCUCUAGCGACCCCACAGAUCCAGCACGCUACACUCUAGCCGCUCAAGAAUUAGUGCAAGCCGCUCGUGGAAUGGCGGAAGCUGCGAAUCGCUGGGUUUUAGCGAGUGGUGGGCACGCUUCUGGUGACGAUAUCACUGUUUUUAUCAUUCCUUUGAAGUAUUGCGCGGCGCCGCCAACAAAUUUCGAAGAUGAUGAUGAUGAUGAAGAAAUGAUUAAUUUGGAAUAA